UGCGACGAAGCUGGAAGCAGUUCUAUUUGCAUACUACAGGAGGUGCAUGGGAAAUCUGCUUUAGGUGUCGUGUAACGCGGUCGCCUGCAUCUGUCAGUAUUCUUCAGACAGCUGUCAAGAAGUUAAAGUUCAUUAUAUUAAAAAAGGGCAGUCUGAAGCAAUGAGCUCUGAAUUGGGUCUAGUGUCGGUGGACUACGAAAUAUUCGGAGAUGUGCAAGGAGUGUUUUUCAGAAAGUACACUGAGGAGCAAGGUCGGAAAUUGAAGCUAGUGGGAUGGGUUAAAAACACUCCUCGUGAUACUGUAGUCGGGCAGGUUCAGGGACCCAAGGAGAUUGUUGAGAUCAUGAAGAACUGGCUGCGCACAGUGGGAAGCCCUAUGUCUCGUAUUGACAAAGCUGUGUUCACUAAUGAGAAGCAGAUAACAUCUUUGGAGUUUACCAACUUUACCACCAAGUACUGAAGAAAGCGGGUCCUCUAACUGGGUGUCACCUGUAUUUAUCGUCAGUUGUACACAGUGAUAUUCUAGAAAUUUUUAAUAGUGCAUCUUUUUAAGUCUAAUUAACAGGUUGACUUAACUAAAUGUAUGCACAAUGUAACUUAACCCUCAAAAUGUUUUUCCUUUAAUGAAAGUGGUUGUCUUUACUGUCUUUUGAUUUAUUUUUAAUAUUGUAGUGAUAUACUGUAUUUUCAGUUAAGCUAGAAUAGUCUAAGAAGAAAAAUAGUAAUGCAUUCUUACUUUAGUUUUUUAAGAGCCCUUAAUUGAUUACAUUAACAAAAACUGAAUGUGUUAUUAUUCUGUUCCUAAAAAUUAAAAAAAUAUAGUUUGCAGAAAUUUGUUUUUAUAUUGACUAAACAAAACUAUAACUGGUAGAACUCUUAUUCUAAAUAAAAAGCCGCUUAGUAAGUCAGAUAUGGACAGGAAUCUCCUGCAGUAUUAUUAAAAUUCAAUAACAUCAUCUCUCACAAAUCUGUGCUUCUGUUUUCAAGAUUAUAUUUGAUUUACUAGAUGAUUGAUAAUUUACAGUUCAAUGAAUAAAUGCAGUGUCCUCACUUGUGCCUAAUACAGUUCAACUUUUUGUUCUCAAUGUCUUUGAUGAUACAAUGAAGCUGAAACUUAACCUUUCUGUAUUGCUUACUUUUUUAAUUAAAACCAUUAAUCAAAAGGUAAUAUAUUUAUAAUAGUAAAAAUGAGCAUGUAUUUCUUAACUGAUUUAUUACGUAUAUUUUAUUCACCCAUCCAUUAAUUAUUUUCUGGUUUAACUUAAAAUCAGUUGUAUUAGCAGUAUUAACUUAACUUGAUCCUAACAGCAGUCUGAAGCAGGAUUCUUUAAGUCAAGUUCUAAAGUAUUUUUUUAAUAAUGACAGGAAAACAUAAAAGAAAAUGUGAUGGAUAGUAGAUACUAUGUUAAAUGAUGUGAUUUAAUGUAUUACACCAUUAUUAUAUUAUAAAGCAAUUUUUCAGCCAAUUAAAAAAAAAUCAUGUCA